AAAAUCAACAGACUCGGUACUGGUAUCUCUUGUAUACAGCAAAGUUAUCGUUACUCAUUGUAUAUCCAUUAUUGGCAAGGGCCCGUAAGAAUUUCACUGCUAGUCCACAUAUGUUGUUUACAAAACAUGUGACAAAUAAAACGUGAUUUAAUUUGCUUUAAAUGCCAGGAUGUUAUACUAAUUUUGGAUUUUCAUCUAGUAGAAUUCGCUGCACACUUUUCGGGAAUUUCACAGCCACAAUGCAUUGGAAGAAGGGGGCUGUGAGGUUUGAUAGCUAGAUCUCUUCAAGUAAACAUCAAAACAACUUGGAAGAUGGCGAAUAAAUAUGCUUCUGCGGUGGUGUUCAAAUGAUCUACGUGAAGGAGUGUGAGCUGGAGGGGCUGCUGUCACCUGCAUGGGUGAAAAAGAAGUGGGAGAACCUUAAGCAAAAAUACACGAUGGACGAGGGCUUCAGAAGGAUGAUCUGGGAGACAAACCAAGGCCUCAUCCGUCAACACAACCUGGAGGCAGAAAUUGGCAAGCACACCUUCACCCUGGGAAUGAACCAGUUUGGAGACAUGACAGAUAAAGAGUACAACACCUUGCUGACUGUUAAUGCUGCUGAGGAGGAGAAAAGCCUGGAUGGGAUCCCCCUCUCUGAGUGGAACAGCAGUCUCUCAGCAGCUCCCGAGACGUGGGACUGGCGUCAAUAUGGAUAUGUGACUCCAGUGAAGAACCAGGGGCAUUGUGGAUCUUGCUAUGCAUUUGCUGCAGUCGGAGCCCUGGAGGGCCAGUUGUUUAAGCAGACAGGCAAAUUGUUGCCUCUGAGUGAGCAGAACCUGGUGGACUGCAGUGGAGACUAUGACAAUAAUGGCUGUGACGGUGGCUUGGCCAUGACGUGUUUUAGUUAUGUCUCAGAUCAUGGGAUUAUGUCGGAGAGGAAAUAUCCUUACACUGCAGAGGUGGGCCCUUGUAAAUACCAGAAUGCAACAAAGGAAGCCUGGUGCAAGGGCUUCAACAGAGUUCCUUCUCUGGAUGAAAAAGCGUUUCGAGACACUUUGUAUGAGGUCGGCCCUAUCGCUGUGUCUGUGAACGCCAGACAUCCCUCCUUCAAACUCUACAAAGAUGGAGUCCUCUACCAGCCUGACUGUUCAACAAGAACCAACCAUGCUGUACUGGCUGUCGGGUAUGGUAGUUCUUACCUGGACUACUGGAUUGUGAAAAACAGGUAUACAGACGACGAGGCAUGCAAAGGUAUGCCAAUCGGUAUUGGUAUGUUAUGCAGAUCACAUGUACCAUCCUCCUCCUUUAUUUCUUCAAUGAAAAUCCCAUAGGCCUCUCUCUACAUUAUUGACAAGACUUCACCCUCCCUACACCUCUGAUGAAUAUAACAGGAA